AUGGCGAUAGCAGCUGUCGGGCAAAUAUGCUCCACUGCCUCUCUAAAGGGAAACUUGGAGCAGUGCGUCAAGCUGGUGGCCAAAGCCGCAGCCGGCGGCGCCAAGGUUCUCUUCCUCCCUGAAGCUUCAGAUUACAUUGCUCCCGAUGCAAAGACGUCUCUGGAGCUGGCGCAGCCACAGACGGUGUCGCCCUUUGUCGUCGGGCUGCGCGCGGCAGCCAAAGCCCACGCUGUCGCCGUCCACGUCGGCAUUCACCACAUGCCUCUGUCAACAGAUGCGUGCAGCAGUAACAGCAGCGGCACGGCACGGCGAAUGUUCAACCGAGCCUUGUACAUUACGCCCGAGGGCGAAAUCGACGACGCCGCUACGUACGACAAGCUGCACGUCUUUGACUACGGCGCGCUGCGGGAGAGCGCCACCGUGCAGCCCGGCACGCGCCUCACCGCGCCCUUUGACUCGCCGGUCGGCCGCAUCGGCAGCUUAAUCUGCUUUGACCUGCGGUUCGCCGAAACGGCAGUGGCCCUGGCCCAGCCGGGCGCCGCGAGCGCCUGGCACGCGCGGCCGGCGCAGAUUCUAACCUUUCCCAGCGCGUUUACGCUGCGCACGGGCGAGGCGCACUGGGAGACGCUGCUGAGGGCGCGCGCGACGGAGACGCAGAGCUGGGUGGUGGCGGCGGCGCAGGUCGGGCGCCACAACGAGAAGCGUGCGAGCUACGGCCGCAGCAUGGUCGUGGACCCCUGGGGCCGGGUGGUCUUGUCGCUGGGAGGUGUCGCUGACGAGCAGGGCAACGCCGCAGAGGGAGCGCAAGGCCAAAUUGGGUUUGUAGACGUGGAUUUGGGUGAGCUGGAGAGGGUGAGGCGCGAGAUGCCGCUCCAGCGUCGGAUGUAA